AUAUCACCAGCUGUGGGCCCAAGGUCCAGAACACGAGAAAAGCGCCAGUUGACAUAUAGAAUACAUUUCCCACAAUCCCAAGGGGGCGACGCUCUCUGGCUUUCUACGUGACGCGUCGUCGACGCAUAUCCGGUUCAAGCGGGGACGGCUCCAUGACACAGUUGUUGGGGAAAAGAACAGAGUGCGUCUUCGCGAGCCGCCUGCCUCCGCCACCUCAAGCCGACCCCAAGUGACAUCCUCGCGGGCUUGAGGGCACCGCCAGCAGCCGCCGCCGCGAUGGAGGCGGUCCCCCGCAUGCCGAUGAUAUGGCUCGACCUGAAGGAAGCGGGAGACUUCCAGUUUAACUCGGCCGUCAGGCAGUACAUCCUGAAGAACUACAAUGAGAAUCCUGACAACUACAACGAGCAGCUGAAGAAACUGGAAACGCUCCGGCAGAGUGCCGUGAACGUGACCAGAGACUUUGAGGGCUGCAGCACGUUGAGGAAGUACUUCGGUCAGCUUCAUUACCUCCAGAGUCGCAUUCCCAUGACAACAGGGCAGGAGGCAGCGGUGUCCAUCUCAUGGACUGAGAUCUUCUCCGGUAAAACAGUGACCCAUGAUGACAUCUGCUAUGAGCAGGCGUGUAUUCUCUACAAUCUUGGCGCUCUGCAUUCCAUGUUGGGAGCCAUGGACAACCGCGUGUCGGAGGAGGGCAUGAAGGUGUCAUGCACGCAUUUCCAGUGCUCAGCGGGCGCGUUCUCCUACCUGAGUGACCAUUUCAGUCACAACUUCAGCGUCGACAUGAGUCACCAGAUUCUCAACCUCAACAUCAACCUCAUGCUGGGUCAGGCUCAGGAGUGUCUUCUGGAAAAAUCCAUGCUGGACAACAGGAAGAGUUUCCUGGUGGCCCGCAUCAGCGCUCAGGUGGUGGAUUACUACAAGGAGGCCUGCAGGGCUCUGGAGAACUCCGAGACGGCCUCCAUGCUGGGAAAGAUCCAGAAAGACUGGAAAAAGCUGGUGCAGAUGAAGAUCUACUACUUUGCCUCAAUCGCGCAUUUCCACAUGGGCAAACAAGCCGAGGAGCAGCAAAAGUACGGCGAGCAGCUGGCAUACCUUCAGAGCGCCUUGGACAAGCUGGCCGAGGCUAUCAAGCUGGCCAAGGGUCAGCCUGACACCGUGCAGGAGGCUCUGCAUUUCACCAUGGAUGUCAUUGGUGGCAAAUACAACUCUGCCAAAAAGGACAAUGACUUCAUCUAUCACGAGACCAUUCCAUCUUUGGAAACGUUGACAUCCGUCAAAGGUGCCCCCCUGGUCAAAGCCCUUCCCGUCAAUCCCACGGACCCCAGUGUCACCGGACCGGACCUCUUUGCCAAACUGGUCCCCAUGGCGGCCCAUGAGUCCGCCUCCCUCUACAGCGAGGAGAAAGCGAAGCUGCUGAGAGACGUCAUGGCCAAGAUCGAAAGCAAGAACGACGUCCUGGAGCAGUUCAUGGACUCUCUGGACGUGGAGGCGGAGUCCGUCGACAAUCUCGACAUGUACAACCACAUUCCGCAGGUCCUGAUGGCAAAGUGCGCUGCUCUUAGCGUGCGUCCUGACACCGUCAAGAGUCUUAUCCAGUCCAUGCAAGUCCUCUCGGGCAUCUUCACCGAAGUGGAGUCGUCCCUCCGAGAGAUCAGAGACAUUCUGGAAUCCGACGAGGCGGCCGAACGGACCCUUUCGGAAUCCGGCGCCCCGGUUGAGGCCCACCCGGCAGCGCAUGCUCAGCUUCUUGCAGAGUUCCGCAGGGAUCUGGAGAAAUACAUGGAGGCCCACGAGAAGGCCAGCUUCACCAACACGGAACUCCACCGGGCCAUGAACUUGCACAUCAGCAACCUCCGUCUGCUGGGCGGACCACUAGAGAGCCUGAGAGACACCCUGCCUCGCCCGCAACUUAGCGAAGAGGACAUGGCCGGGUUGCAGUGCAUGAAGCGCAUCCUGGGGAAGGUUCAAGAAAUGAGGGACCAGAGAGCCACUUUGGAGAAACAAUUACGGGACCUCAUAGAACAGGACGACAUCACUUGCACCCUGGUCACCACCGAGAAAGCCGACAUAAGGGGCUUGUUUGAGGAGCAGCUGAAGAAGUACGAGCCGUUGAAGGUCUACAUUGACCAGAACCUGUCAGCCCAAGAAAACAUCCUGAAGGCUCUGACCGAGACCUACGUUCAGUACGCCACGGUGCGUAAAAGCCUGAGCGAGACGGAGCAGCAGUGGACCAGCAUGGUUGAGGGCCUUGUGGGCUCGUACGAGGCUUACGAGGACCUGAUGAAGAAGUCGCAGGAGGGCAAGGAGUUCUACGAUGACUUGGAGGCCAAAGCGUCACGUCUGCUGGAGAGAGUAAAGACUUUGUGUCAGAGCAGGAUGGAGGCGAGGAAGCACUUCCUUGAAAGAGAGAUCCAAAAGAAGCCUCCAGCGAGACCCACAGCAGCAAAGCCUUCUUUGAAGCCAAAAUCUCAGGAUGAAGACUCCAGUUUGGAGGAUCCGGAGUUAGCCCAAAUUAAUGCCGCCAUCUUGGCCUUAUCAGAGGACAAGCCAGAGGAGCUUCGCAGCCUCCCACCAGACAUUCCUUCUCGCCGCAGCUCUGCGGCUCAUCAGCUGGGUCCAGAAGCAUUCCUCCCCCCGGGUGCCAACAUUGGCGGCAGCAGCUCAUUGCCUUGGUCUGGUCACUCAGCUGUCGGUCUUCCUCGCUUCCCAGCCAAUCUCCCGCCACCGGAGCUUCUGGCGCGGAUUGCCAAUUUUCCAACAUCUGGCACACUGCCCAUACCAGGACCUUUGGCAUGUAGACCUAUUCCUCACAUAGCCCGCCAAUUGCCCCCACAACAGGCGGCUUACAGGCCUCAAGUCCCCCAAGUGGGCCCUGUUUGUCCUGCCCCAGUCCGGCCUUCAACCACCACUGUGGACACCAUUCAAGCACCUAUACCCAGCUACACUCCGACACCUCACUACCCCGUCCCACCCUCGGUUUCUGCUGCCUACACAGGAGCCCCCGUCCCACCCUCAGUUUCUCCGGCCUACACCGGACCUCCACAGAUGGGUGCCACUAAUUACCCCCAGUUUGUGCCUCAAAUGACACAACAGAAGCAGUUGCAGCAUCAGUACCCACCCCCCUUGGGGCAACCCCAGUCCUCAGGCUUUCAAGCCGGACCGAGAACCCUUCCGACCCCUCAACUUCCAAUGCACAACUACCCACAUGGCUACAUGGCUCCGCAGCCCGGCGCCCCUCCGCAGCUUGGCCGCCCUCCGCAACUUGGCGGCCCGCCGCAGCUUGUCCCCCCUCCACACCCCGGCGCCCCUCCGCAGCAUGGUGCUCCUCCCAGGCCUGUCACACCUCCACAGUACCCUCAAGUGUUCCCAGGUCAUAGGCAACCACCACAAAAUGGCUACACAGCUCCGCCACAGAUACCCCAAGGUUACCAGGCCCAGAACUACGCCCCCCAGCAGCACCCUCCGGUGAUGCCAGGCCCCAUGCCGAGUCCACCUCGGGGCCUGAUGCCACCACAAAAUCCUCCUCUCCAGCUCCCACCUACAUCUCAGACCGUACCACCUGUUUCUCAACCUUACCUCCCUCAUCAGCACCUCCCAAUGCCCCCCAGUGCUCAGCCACUGGGACCCCAUCCACAAAUACAAAGUGGCCCCCGGGGGCCGAUGCCUUCUACCAGUCAGACAAUCCACCCCGCACAUCACCCACAGAUGCCUCCUGCUUCACAACCUCAUCUGCUUCCUGCUCCUCAGGGUCAUCUUCCAAUGGCUCCCAUAGGCAACACCCCCCCUAACCCCCUUGCCCCGCAGCACCACCCCCACCCUGGACAUCCUCCCAUUCCAAACAUGCCUCAACCGCCCAUCUCCAUGCCCAGUCACACCCAUGUCCAAGCCCACCACACUGUGGGUGGUUGCUAUCCUGGAGGACCACCCAUGAUGCCUCAGCAGCCCCUGGCACCGCAGUCCGUUGCACCCCAACAGCCUCAACCCUCUCAUGGUGUUGCCCACUCGCAGCCUUCAAUGUACCCAUCAACUCCAGGGGUUAAUGUGCCCACAAGUGCCCCACUACCAACACCUGCCCUUGGCCCACACAAUUUACAUCCUCUCAUGCCUCCCCAGCACAUGCUCCAACCCUGUCCUGGAGGUCCUCCAGUAGGACAACCAGGACAGCCAAACCAUCCUCCAUCCCCGUCGCCUGCACAGUCGACAUCCCCCACACCUGGACCUUCUGCUCUGGCUCUGACACCCCAGCAGAUACCCACUGUUUCCCCCAACAUGGGUGCGACGCUUCCACCGACGCUUUCCUCUCUCGCUGCCAUCUGUGCUCCCUCGACUUCUCUCUUCCAACGUCAGAGCUCCAGCAACCAUGACCUUUUAUCUUCCAGUCCCGAAAGCCAACCGGGCGGCACCAAGUCCCCCACCAAUGUCCUCCAGCCUACGAAAGCAGACCCCCAGGAAGGGGAGCGUCGCAAGAAAGACUCCCAGGGCAUUCUUCUGAUCCAAGGCGAUCCGUACGAAGCUCCGGAGGUCGUAGCCCGCCUUCACACCGAGUUGGAAGAUUUCCGAGCGCAGGUAGAGUCCCUGGAGGAGCCUUCAGACGGCGAGAAGGGGAUGUCGGUGCUGGACGCACACUGGAAAGAGCUCCAGGAGCAGCAGGAGAGGGAUGCCCGGCAACUGUCAAUCGCCAUUGCCCGCUGCUACACCAUGAAGAACCGGCACCAGGACGUCAUGCCCUACGAUCUCAACCGUGUGCUGCUGAAGUCGGGCAAAGACGACUACAUCAACGCCAGCUACAUCAAAGACUUGUCACCGUUUUGCCCGCAAAUCAUUGCCACACAGGCGCCACUCACUGGCACCGCCGCUGACUUCUGGUUAAUGGUCUAUGAGCAGAAGGUCUCCUUGGUGGUCAUGCUGGUGUCUGAGCAAGAAGUGGAGAAGGGAAAAGUGGCGCGCUACUUCCCAACAGAGCGCGGCCAACAGUUGUCUCAAGGUCCCAUCAAGAUCAGUCUGACCACACAUAAGACCACGGCUACCCACGUAGAGCGGAUGAUCUGCCUGCAGUACCAUGAGCAGAGCUUGAAGCGAACCGUGGUCCACCUGCAGUUUACCUCCUGGCCAGAACUAGGACUUCCUGAUAGCAAGAGCAACCUCCUGCACUUCUUCCAGGAGGUCCAUGGACACUACUUGCACCAGAGACCCAUGCACAUGCCUGUGGUGGUCCACUGCAGUUCUGGCGUGGGUCGCACUGGGGCCUUCUGUCUGCUGUAUGCGGCGGUGCAGGAGCUGGAGGCCGGGCACGGCAUUGCCGACCUACGAGCCCUGGUCAGGAAAAUGCGACAGCAGAGAAAGAACAUGCUGCAAGAGAAGCUGCACCUCAAGUUCUGCUAUGAGGCUGUGGCGAAACACGCCGAGCAGAUAUUGCUCCAACACGGUGUCUCCGUGGCCACCGACAGCAGGAAUGCCGCUUCGACUGUCUCCAAGUCGUACUCCCGCCAGGAGUCCCAGCAGGACCUGGUUCUCGGUGGUGACCUGCCCAUCAGCUCCAUCCAGGCCACCAUCGCCAAACUCAGUGUACCGACCCCCGGUGACCUGGACAUAGAUGAUGACAAUGAUCCAUCCCUCUCCUUUUCGCCGUCCAUCCACUCGCCAAGAGAUCCCUGCCCCACAAUGGAGCCAGGCGCUGUCACGGGCUCACCCGCGUCACCCCCGUCAGGCCCCGACUGCUCGAGUUCGCCCACUGCCGUUCCGUCCCCUCCGCCACCCAACGGCCUGGAUGCGGCUUCACCACCACCGGAGACUACCACCCCGCCGCCAACCUCGUCUUUAGAGCUGCUUGCCUCGCUGGCCCCUGAGGCUUUCUCCAUGGAGGGCGGUGGCAGCGGUGGGGCCAAACAACGGGUGACCAAGCAGAGCUUCCUGCAGCCAGUGGAGGGCCAGGGUCUCCAUGGAACUUGGGGGGCUGAGAGUACGGACCCCCUCAGCGGUCUGGACCCCCUGUGGAGCCUCAACAAACCCUAAAACAAGUUUAAAAAAAAAACAAUUCUCAGCAUGCACCACCAUCAUUAUCCACAAGGGGGCACUUUAAGGUGACCAAUCAAGCAACUUUGUAAAUAUUUCAAGGUUUGACUAAUAAUUAAAAAUAAAUUGAUUUAGACGUCAUGUCUCAUCAAAGCGACUUUAUUUAAAAGUGAGACUCUUUUUUUAUGAGUCAUUAAGUUAUGCCUCUUCUGCAGCCUGCACAGUCAAGCAAGUCAGGGAUGAGGGGAGCGGAGUUUCCCGCCUCUAUUCACUGAAGUAGUUUUUGACAGGUGGCAGAUCUCUGGCACCCGCAACUCAGUAAGGCACAAUUUAGGAAGUCGAACGUUUAGCUUUGUUUCACAAGCACAACACAUUAAAUGCCACUUGGUCACACUUGCGAGUCACCAAGUUGCACAAUAAAGUGAAAAAUCUAAUUGUCAUAUCAAAGUGUCUUUAUUGGAAAAUUAGUACAAAGCUUUUGUUACAAAACAAGUCAAUAAAUUAUGUCACUACUUAAGCCCGCAUAGCCAGCCAAUGGGGGAAUAAGGGGGCGUGGGUUUCCUGCAUCCAGGGGUGGACACCCCGGCCCCCUCGUCCCUUCACGUGGCUGACAUUACAUGGA